GAUCGAUUUGUCUUGAUUCACCUUCUCUUCUUCGUCUCGAAUCCUUGGAGAAGCGCUUCUGAUUUGGGCUUCUCGCCCCCGCAAAUUGCCCGAAAAAGCGCUUUUAGAUCUCUUUCCAGCUCGAGAUUUGGGCGAUUUCUAGGUUUAGGGCUUCGGACGAGGAGCCGAUCGCGCCAUGGGGCAAGCCUUUAGGAAGCUCUUCGACACCUUCUUCGGCAACAAAGAAAUGAGGGUUGUCAUGCUUGGGCUGGAUGCUGCUGGUAAAACUACUAUUCUGUACAAGCUGCACAUUGGAGAAGUACUAUCAACUGUUCCAACAAUUGGUUUCAACGUUGAGAAAGUUCAGUAUAAAAAUGUGAUGUUCACAGUGUGGGAUGUUGGCGGGCAAGAGAAACUGAGGCCCUUGUGGAGGCAUUAUUUUAAUAAUACCGAUGGCCUGAUAUACGUUGUUGAUUCGUUGGACAGGGAAAGAAUUGGAAAGGCCAAAGCUGAGUUUCAGGCCAUAAUCAAUGACCCAUUCAUGCUUAACAGUGUGAUAUUGGUGUUCGCGAAUAAACAGGACAUGAAAGGCGCGAUGACCCCUAUGGAAGUAUGCGAGGGUCUAGGGCUUUAUGACUUGAGGAACCGCAUCUGGCACAUCCAAGGAACUUGUGCCCUUAAAGGUGAUGGUCUCUAUGAGGGCUUGGACUGGCUUGCAACCACUCUGAAGGAACUUCAAGCCUCAGGCCGCUCCACCUCGGUCGGAACGUCAUCUUACUGACUUUUAAGAGGUCUCCACAGAAUGAGUUGAUUUUCGCACGAGUAAAGCUGAAUGUAUUCGACCAGUUCAUAGUGCAGUUGUUUUAUGAUUUUCUCUGGUGUUAGCUUUGAAUUUGGUCAGAUUACAUUUGAUUUAGAAGCUAUCAUUAAGUAAUCUGCUUGUCUGUAAUCUUCUGCCCCUGAUAAAAUGAAAAAUUUAAUGCUGGGGCAUCACAUACUUCAGUGUAAAUUCUGCGACUCUUUCUGGGAAACGACACUUUUGAUAAUUUUCAUGCUUAAUCAAUGACAAUAGCAAAUGGAAAACAGGGAGAAUUUGCGAUUUCCGGGAAAAAAAAAAGUGGGAACGCUUUUAAUUGCAGUUCCUCCUAUGAGUGAAGGUUCCCUCUAUAUAGUGGGAACAGAGUUCAUGUUGUACACGUUGUGAUCCUUGCAUGUUGGUGAGUUCUCACAAAUGCAAUAAUUCCUAGUUUA